UGUGACGUCCUCUUGACUAGUUUGAGCACAUCCAGAUUUGUGAUGCAGGUGCCAUCUUCAGUGAACAGUCUUCUGUAUUUCAUCUCCUCAGAGACACAUGAGGGUUCUUCCAGACAGGCAGUUUUAGAUGUUGUCUGGCUGUUUUUCAACUUGGUCAGCCUCUCGUCUGCCACAUGGCUAAGUAUUUUCUACUGUGUGAAGGUAACUAACUUUGCCAACCAUGUCUUCCUCUGGCUGAAGCUAAGAAUCAAUAUGCUUGCACCCAGACUACUUGGAUUGUCAAUAAUCAUUUCCAGUAUCUUCUCUAUUCCUUCAAUGACUGAAUAUAUUGGAUAUGCAAAGUGUAACAAUCCAAUAGGAACUCCACCAGGAUGUGCCAACCAAAGUGUGGUUUAUAACAGAAACACCUUUUUUCUUCCUCUACAUGUGACUUUUGCUUCCAUAAAUUUCAGCAUAAGUACAAUUGCAUGCACUAUUUUGCUCAACUCACUGUGGAAUCACAUAAGGAAUCUGAAGAAGAGUGGUGUUGGUGAUAGAGAUCUCAACUCUCAGGUCCAUAUCAAUGUCAUAAAACCAUUGUUGUUUUAUGUCUUUUUCUAUUUAUUAUAUUUCAGUAGUGUAACAAUUAUUUCAACUGGUGCUUUAAAGUAUGAAAGUACCAUAGCACUAGUUUUUGAAAUCUUGGUAACUACAUUUCCUUCUGCACACUCCAUUAUAUUAAUAUUUACCAAUACCAAAUUGAAAGAAAUAGCCGCUCGCAUUCUGAACAUCAGACAAAGAGCUUUAUGA